UUUAGUUUUUGGACCACAAUGAUGUUUUGCAAUGACAGCAAUAAUAUGAAUUUUAUUAGCAUCAAUAAAACUUUAAGACAAGAGUUAGUUAACAUAAUUAGAGGAAUGAAAAAUUCAAACGAAUAGACCUGUUUUAUAACGAAAAAAAAAAACAGUAAAAGAACAACAACAAACAAAUGUUGUUGUAUUACAAGAAACAUUUUUGAUGUGCGGUUAAUUACGGUUUCGACCACAUACGGACCACAUCAAUCUCUGCACUCUACUACUACAACUACUACUUCAACUACUGCUAUUCUAUAUACAUACAUGCGCACAAUAUACACACACAAAUACAUAUGCAUUCACAUAAUACACAUACAAAAUACUUAAUAAUCACUUGCAUAAAAAACCACACAACCACAUUUUAACAUACUCACACACAUACAUAUUUAAACACAUAAAGAGUUACAGCAACAAAAGAACACAUAAUCUUGCAACAAACAAACAAAAAAUGCAUUUUCAACAACAACAACUACACCACCUACAAAAACAUGGUUUGCCAUCAACAGCAAUUACCACAACUACAACAAAAACAUCAUCAUCAGCCUCAUUUCACUCGUCAUCACAAUCAUCAAAGUCCUUCUCCUCGUCCAGUUGCUCUACAGUUGCAAUAUCAAAAACCAAAGGAAAUUUUAUGAAAAUCACAAACAAAACCAACUGUUGUAGAUGCAGUAACAGCAGUAGUUGCUGCUCGCACUCGAAGGCAACCAGAACCUCAAGUCCAACAUUACAAUUGUUGUUGAAACACAUUUUAAUACUCCUGCUAACCAUCUGCCAUACAGUACAAAUCACAAAUGCGUAUCUCAUCAUUGUACACGAGAGUACCGAACCAGGUACUGUUAUCUUUAAUGCCUCCGUUUAUAAGUUGGGCUCGGAACGCCACUACAAAAUCAAUGCCCAUAAGUCGGCUCAUUUUGUGCAUCAUCUAGUCGCUGUCAAUCACAAAGAUGGCCAAAUACAAUUGAAAAAAUCUCUUAAAUGUGAUGGCAUCUAUUAUCCGAAUCUAUUUACUUUCUAUGUGGAUUCCACUUCGAAUAGAUUGCGCAGCAUAGAUUACUAUAGUCUGCCUAUACGUAUAUUCGUAUCGGGUCAUACCUGUAAUGAGGAUCGUCGCGUGGAGGAGGAAAUUCAUGCGCGUCACUAUGAGGAAGAGGAUACUGGGUAUUCGAGACGUAGAAAAAGAAGAGAUUUGCUGGAGGACAUAGAUGACUUAAGUAAUAGUAAAUCUCUGCAGCCUAUUACCACAAUAACCUCUAAUACUUUAGAUCUUUAUAAUCAUAAUCAUUCGCGCAAUGAUUUUCGUGAGGGUGAUUUGAUAUUUGGUGAUGCCUAUGACAAUGAAAUGCGUCAUCGUAUUUUGUCACGCAAGAGACGUGGUUUUAGUGACAUAAAUCCCUUUACCCUGGAAACUAAUUUACAUCGUCGCAUUACCGAUGCUAAGCAAUGGAUUUCGGAAACUUAUGCCUCCUAUGCCAUACACACCACCGAUAAAUGGAAUCAGAUAUGCUUAAGGAAGUCCCAGUUUAUUAAUAAUUUAAAUGCUUUCCUACCACGUUCCAUAUGUCAAUAUUGCAAAGUUAAUUUCUUGGAUGUCAAUGAUGAACGUUUCGCUAUAGAACAUCAAAAUCGGGAUUUAGUGGCCAGUCGUGAUGUCUGUAUACAUGAAUCCAUGUGGAAAGUUAGCAUAACCUUUAAUAUACGUUGUGAUCGUAAUGAUAUUGUGGACUCGGAUCAUCGUUUAAAGAUAGUCUAUCAUCAUCAGGAAUUUAAUGAUACCGAUAUCGCUAAAAGAGUACGAAGAGAAUUAAGAAAUCAAUCACCUUUCUUUGAGCAAGCCUUGUAUGUGGCUUCGGUAUUGGAAGAGCAACCAGCUGGCUCGACAGUCACCACUGUGAGAGCUCGAGAUCCAGAAGAUUCACCUGUUGUCUAUUCCAUGGUUUCUUUAUUGGAUUCUCGUUCUCAGUCUUUGUUUAAAGUUGACUCCCGAACUGGUGUGGUAACGACAUCAGCCAGUUUGGAUCGCGAACUAAUGGAUGUUCAUUAUUUCCGUGUGGUGGCCACUGAUGAUAGUUUUCCACCACGUUCGGGUACCACCACAUUACAGGUAAAUGUUUUGGAUUGCAAUGAUCACAGUCCCACAUUUGAGGCCGAACAAUUUGAGACCUCCAUACGUGAGGGAGCAACGGUAGGCUCCACCGUGAUAACACUGCGUGCUACCGAUCAGGAUAUAGGUAAAAAUGCCGAAAUAGAAUAUGGCAUAGAAAGCGUAACGGAUGGCACAGGUACCUUACAGGACCAGGAAAUACCCAUAUUUCGAAUAGAUGCUCGCAGUGGUGUCAUUGCCACACGCACUUCUUUGGAUCGUGAAACUUCGGACAGUUAUAAUAUUGUGGUUACCGCUUCGGAUAUGGCUUCGGCUCAAAGUGAACGCAAGACAGCCACAGCCAGUGUGUUAGUAAAAAUCCUGGAUGACAAUGAUAAUUAUCCGCAAUUUAGUGAACGCACCUAUACAGUCCAAGUACCCGAAGAUCGUUGGGGUGAUGAUAAUGUAGUGGCUCACAUCAGGGCCACCGAUGCCGAUCAGGGCAAUAAUGCUGCUAUACGUUAUGCCAUUAUAGGUGGUAAUACACAGUCACAAUUUGCCAUCGAUUCCAUGAGUGGUGAUGUUAGUUUGGUCAAGCCUUUGGAUUAUGAAAGUGUACGCAGUUAUCGUUUGGUUAUACGAGCCCAAGAUGGUGGUAGUCCCUCGAGAAGUAAUACCACACAAUUACUGGUCAAUGUCCUGGAUACUAAUGACAAUGCUCCGCGUUUUUAUACCUCUCAGUUUCAAGAGUCUGUUUUGGAAAAUGUUCCCGUGGGUUAUAAUAUAAUACGUGUUCAGGCUUAUGAUUCGGAUGAGGGAGCCAAUGCUGAAAUUCAAUAUAGCAUUUUAGAAAGAGAUGAUAAUUUCCCUUUAGCUGUGGAUUCUCGCACUGGUUGGAUUCAAACCAUUAAGCAAUUAGAUCGUGAAGAACAAAGUCGUUUUGCUUUUCAAGUUAUAGCUAAAGAUGGUGGUAUUCCUCCCAAAUCGGCCAGUUCUACGGUGGUUAUUACAGUGCAAGAUGUUAAUGAUAAUGAUCCUGUCUUUAAUCCCAAAUACUAUGAAGCUAAUGUGGGUGAGGAUCAACCACCUGGUACACCCGUUUGCACAGUCACCGCCACCGAUCCUGAUGAAGAUUCACGUUUACAUUAUGAAAUAACUUCGGGCAACACCAGGGGACGUUUUGCCAUAACCUCGCAAAAUGGUCGUGGCCUCAUAACUAUAGCCCAGUCUUUGGAUUACAAACAAGAAAAGAGAUUUUUAUUAACCAUAACCGCCACGGAUUCGGGUGGUAGAGCCGAUACUGCUACUGUUAACAUAAAUAUAACAGAUGCUAAUAAUUUUGCUCCCAUUUUUGAAAAUGCUCCCUACAGUGCUUCGGUCUUUGAAGAUGCUCCCAUAGGUACUACAGUCUUAGUAGUCUCAGCCACUGAUAGUGAUGUGGGCAUUAAUGCUCAGAUAACUUAUUCCUUAAAUGAGGAGAGCAUUAAUGGCUUAAGCAGUCCAGAUCCGUUUUCCAUUAAUCCUCAAACGGGAGCCAUUAUAACAAAUGCUUUAUUGGAUCGUGAAACCACUAGUGGCUAUCUGUUAACCGUUACCGCCAAAGAUGGUGGUAAUCCUUCGUUAAGUGAUACCACCGAUGUGGAAAUAAGUGUUACCGAUGUCAAUGAUAAUCCUCCGCAAUUUAAAAAUCCCUUAUAUCAGGCCUCUAUACUAGAAGAUGCCUUGGUGGGCACCUCAGUUCUGCAAGUUUCGGCCUCUGAUCCUGAUAUUGGUUUAAAUGGUCGCAUUAAGUAUUUGCUAAGUGAUCGUGAUGUAGAGGACGGUUCUUUUGUUAUCGAUCCCACCUCGGGUACCAUAAGAACUAAUAAGGGUUUGGAUCGUGAAAGUGUAGCUAUAUAUCACCUUACGGCCUUAGCGGUAGAUAAAGGUUCUCCCUCCAUGUCUAGCUCGGUAGAGGUACAAAUACGUUUGGAAGAUGUUAACGAUUCACCACCCACUUUUCCCUCGGAUAAAAUAACAUUAUAUGUACCCGAAAACUCGCCUGUCGGCUCAGUUGUAGGAGAAAUUCAUGCUCAUGAUCCUGAUGAAGGUGUUAAUGCUGUGGUCCACUAUUCCAUUAUAGGAGGUGAUGAUUCCAAUUCUUUUUCUUUGGUUACAAGACCGGGUUCGGAGAGAGCUCAAUUGCUGACAAUGACAGAGCUGGAUUAUGAAUCUAAUCGUAAACGUUUUGAAUUGGUGAUACGUGCUGCCAGUCCUCCUUUGCGAAACGAUGCCCAUGUUGAAAUUUUGGUCACCGAUGUCAAUGAUAAUGCUCCUGUUUUAAGAGAUUUCCAAGUGAUUUUCAACAAUUUCCGAGAUCACUUUCCUAGUGGUGAUAUUGGCCGAAUACCCGCCUUCGAUGCAGAUGUUAGUGAUAAGCUCACCUAUCGGAUUUUAUCGGGCAACAAUGCCAACUUGAUUAGAUUAAAUCAGACUAGCGGUGGCUUAAGUCUUAGCCCCCAACUCAAUACUAAUGUACCGAAAUUUGCCACCAUGGAGGUUUCUGUGACGGAUGGCAUCAAUGAAGCUAAAGCUAUUAUGCAACUGGCGGUGCGCUUAAUUACAGAAGAUAUGCUAUUCAAUUCGGUAACGGUACGUUUGAAUGAAAUGACGGAAGAAGCUUUUCUUUCACCUUUGCUGAAUUUCUUUUUGGAUGGUUUGGCCGCCAUUAUACCCUGUCCCAAGGAGAAUAUUUUCAUUUUCUCCAUACAAGAUGAUACGGAUGUUACUUCACGCAUAUUAAAUGUUAGCUUUUCAGCCAAAAGACCCGAUGUCUCACAUGAGGAGUUCUAUACACCCCAAUAUUUGCAGGAACGAGUUUACUUAAAUCGUGCCAUUCUAGCUAGAUUGGCCACGGUGGAAGUUUUACCUUUCGAUGAUAAUCUUUGUGUCAGAGAACCCUGUUUGAACUUUGAAGAAUGUUUGACAGUUUUGAAAUUCGGCAAUGCUUCCGAUUUUAUACACAGCGAUACUGUUCUUUUCCGGCCUAUAUAUCCUGUUAACACAUUUGCCUGUUCCUGUCCCGAGGGUUUCACCGGCAGCAAGGAACAUUAUCUAUGUGACACCGAAGUUGAUUUGUGUUAUUCCGAUCCGUGUGAAAACGGUGGCUCUUGUAUAAGACGAGAGGGUGGCUAUACCUGUGUUUGUCCGGCUUCCCAUACUGGAGUUAAUUGUGAAACUGAUAUUAGAAAAUUGAAACCUUGCAUGUCUGACAUAUGUGAGGGUGGUUUGUCCUGUAUGAAUAACUAUUUGAGCUCACAACCACCACCCUAUACAGCGACUUGUGAACUACGUUCACGUUCAUUCUCACGCAACUCUUUUCUCACUUUCGAAAGUCUCAAGCAACGUCAUCGUUUCAAUGUUAAAUUACGUUUUGCCACCGUCCAUGAAAAUGGUCUGCUGUUGUACAAUGGUCGCUAUAAUGAGUUGCAUGAUUUCAUAGCUUUGGAAAUAGUACAGGGUCAUAUUACGUUUACAUUUUCCCUGGGAGAUCGUAUAGAAAAGGUGUCAAUAGUACAGCAUUCCAAGGUAUCGGAUGGCCAAUGGCAUGAAGUGGAGGUGGUGUAUUUGAAUCGUACUGUCACCUUAAUAUUGGAUAACUGUGAUACGGCCAUAGCAUUGGCUGGCAACUUGGGUGAACGUUGGAAUUGUGCCAAUCAGACAACUUUGAAAUUGGAUAAGAAAUGUUCUUUACUCACCGAAACCUGUCAUCGUUUUCUGGAUUUGACUGGUCCUCUGCAAGUGGGUGGUUUACCCCGAAUUCCUGCUCAUUUUCCCAUAGAAAAUCAAGACUAUGUGGGUUGCAUUUCCGAUCUACGUAUAGAUGAACGUUUUAUUGAUUUGAAUUCUUAUGUAGCGGACAAUGGCACUAUUUCCGGCUGUCCUCAAAAGAAUCCUUUGUGUUCUUCAGAGCCCUGCUUUAAUGGCGGUGUGUGUCGUGAAGGUUGGAAUGUCUACACCUGUGAGUGUCCUGAAGGCUAUGCUGGCAAUCAAUGUCAAGAUACCAUACCCGCUCCCUGGCGUUUUGCAGGUGAUGGCAGCUUAAGUUUUAAUCCUUUACUUAGACCCAUACAACUGCCUUGGGUUACCUCUUUGUCGUUGAGGACACGCCAAGAAGAUGCCUUUAUUAUACAAAUACAAAUUGGUCAGAAUAGUUCGGCGAUUAUUUGCCUGAAAAAUGGCAUCUUGUAUUAUAUCUAUGACAAUGAACCCAUGUUUUUGGCUGGAGCUUAUUUGUCCGAUGGUGAAUGGCAUCGCAUAGAAAUCAAAUGGCAAAGUUCUGAAUUGCAGUUUUCAGUGGAUUUUGGUCAACGUGUGGGUUCUGUGCCCAUAUCUCAGAAAAUACAAGGCCUUUAUGUGGGCAAAAUAGUUAUUGGUAAUGCUGACAGCUCUAUAGGUCAUGUAGGAGAUCUUUUGCCCUAUGAAGGCUGUAUACAAGAUGUUCGCAUAGGUGCGGCGCAAUCAGUUCUUUCGCGUCCUACCAUACGCGAGAAUGUGGAGGAUGGUUGCAUAUCGAAAGCUGAAUGUCCUCAAUCAUGUCCCAGUCAUUCUACUUGCACCACUUCUUGGGAUGAAUCGAAAUGUGAAUGUCUUCCCGGUUAUGUGGGUGCGGAAUGUUUGCCCAUCUGCACGGUUAAACCCUGUGCCGCUGGUGUAUGUCGUGCCAAUGUUAGUGAUUUUCGCGGCUAUCAUUGUGAAUGCAAUUCCACAUAUCAACAUGGAGAAUAUUGUGAGAAGACGGUGCAACAACCCUGUCCUGGAGGCUGGUGGGGUGAGAAAGUUUGCGGUCCCUGUAAAUGUAAUGUUAAACAGGGUUAUCAUCCCGAUUGCCAUAAGACUACCGGCCAAUGUCACUGUAAAACGAAUCACUAUCAACCUCCCAAUGAGACCGCCUGUAUACCUUGUGAUUGCUAUUCCAUUGGCUCCUUUAACAGCGCCUGUAAUCCUCUGACAGGCCAGUGUGAGUGUCGUGAGGGUGUUAUAGGAAGAAGAUGUGAUUCUUGCUCAAAUCCUUAUGCAGAGGUAACACUCAAUGGCUGUGAAGUUGUGUAUGAUGCCUGUCCAAGAUCUUUUGCUGCGGGUGUAUGGUGGCCACGUACUCCUUUAGGCAGUACUACUGUAGAAAAUUGUCCUACACCCGCCAAGGGUAAGGGGCAAAGAACCUGUGACAAUUUGUCGGGAGGUUGGAAUAUACCCGACAUGUUUAACUGCACAUCUGAACCGUUUGUGGAACUACGUAAACAGUUGUCACAAUUGGAAAAAAUGGAAUUGGAACUCAACUCCUUUGUGGCCAUCAAGACAGCGGAAAAUCUACAAAAAGCUUGUAUUACAGUAGAUCGUACAAAGGUCCAGAAGAAACCUCCCAUAAAAGAUCAUAGACGCUAUAAAAUGGAAUCAUCUUUCCUGCUAAAUGAAAACAAUAAUGUAUGGUCCAAUGAAAUAGAAAUGGAAUAUCUUUCAGAUGAAAUGAAAUUUUCUCAUGAUCGUUUGUAUGGAGCUGAUUUACUGGUAACCGAGGGUUUGCUGCAAGAGCUUAUCAAUUAUGAAUUAAUGCAAAAUGGUUUAAAUCUCACACACUCACAAGAUAAAUACUUUAUUAAGAAUCUGGUAGAGGCAGCUAGUGUUAUAUUGGAUCGUAAGUAUGGCCAGGAAUGGAAAAGAGCUUCGGAAUUGAUACAACGUGGCCCAGAUGAUCUAUUGGAUGCUUUCAACAAAUAUAUGGUUGUUUUAGCCAGAUCUCAACAUGACACCUAUACCAAUCCCUUUGAAAUAGUACAACCCAACAUGGCUUUUGGUUUGGAUAUAGUAACCAUGGAAUCUCUAUUUGGUUAUGAACCCGAACAAUUAAGUGAAUAUCACAAGACCAAGUAUCUUAAACCGAAUGCCUUUACUACGGAAAGUGUUAUAUUACCCGAUACCAGCGCUUUCUUGCAACAUUCGGCUAAACAAAAACCGGUUAUCACCUUCCCCAAAUACAACAAUUACAUACAAGAUAAAACCAAGUUUGAUAAAUACACCAAAGUCUUGGUGCCUUUGGAUAUGUUGGGCAUUUCACCACCCGAAAGUAAUGAAGUGACCCAUGGCUCUAGUGAUUACAAAGCCAUAGUAUCCUAUGCUCAAUAUAAAGAUGUGGGUCAGCUACUGCCCGAUAUGUUUGAUGAGACCAUAACCAGAAGAUGGGGUGUUGACAUUGAAGUAGCUUCUCCUAUACUAUCGCUGGCAAUUUUAGUUCCCUCUACCGAAGCCGAAGAGAAACGUAUUGAAAUACCCUAUCGCAAGAUAUCUUCACAGAAGACUUUCUCGGUAACGGGAUCUUCAGAACAGGAAUUUAUUGAAGUAUUCGAUGUACCCAAGAAACCAGGACAAUCUUCAGGUAGUUCUGCCUCUGGCAGUGAAGAACAUAUGAUUGAAAACAUACGUAUAACAGCUCAUGAAAUACCUCCCCCAUCCUCCAGAGCAGAAGACAGUAAUGAAGCCGUAGAAAUAGAAGAUGUUGAAGAACCUCAUCUCAAGGUUAGAUUUGAUGAUAAUAUAGAAUUUCAUGGCAAUUCGGGAGAAGAAGUUAUUGAUUCCCCCGAAAACAUGAAUGGUGGUAACAACAACAACUAUGAAGGUUCUAUUGAACAUGAUGAUUCCAUAGAGAAAGGCGAAAAUGAAGCAUUUUAUCGUAAUCGUCGUUUGGUUAAGCGUCAGGUGGAGGUCAUCUAUCCCAAUGAACAGCAGCAGCAAAAUAAACAUAUCACCUAUAGAUCUUUGGGUUCACCCCAUCUCUCGCAACCUAUUAAACUGCAAAUGUGGCUAGAUAUCGAUGUUACACGCUUUGGUCCACGCUCCAAUCCACAAUGUGUACGCUGGAAUUCUUUUACCAAUCAGUGGACUCGCCUGGGUUGUCAAACUGACAUACCCGACUAUGAAAAUAUGCAUUUGCUACCGCCACAACCCAUACUAGUCAACUGCACCUGUACCCACAUAUCCAACUAUGCUGUCAUUGUUGAUGUCAUCGAUCCAGAGGAUAUACCAGAACCUUCUCUCCUCGUACAAAUCACCUCAUAUUCAGCAUUCCUAGUAUCACUGCCCGUACUGCUGAGUGUAUUGAUUGCCUUAGCUCUACUCCGUGGCCAGCAGACCAAUUCGAAUACCAUUCACCAGAAUAUAGUGCUAUGUGUUUUCUUUGCCGAAUUGCUAUUCUUUGUGGGUAUGCAAUCACGACGUAAUUUACUUGAAAAUGAAUUCCCUUGCAAGCUGAUUGCGAUUUGUUUGCAUUACUUCUGGUUGGCGGCAUUCGGCUGGACGACGGUUGACUGUGUUCAUUUGUAUCGUAUGCUAACGGAGAUGCGUGAUAUUAAUCAUGGUCCGAUGGGUUUCUACUUUGCAAUGGGUUAUGGUGCACCCGCCAUCGUUGUUGGUCUAUCGGUGGGUGUGCGAGCUCACGAAUAUGGCAAUAGUCUGUUCUGCUGGCUGUCAGUAUAUGAACCAGUUGUAUGGUGGCUAGUGGGACCCAUUGCCGGCAUGUCAAUUGUUAAUCUUUUGAUACUCUUCGUCUCUGUUAAGGCUGCCUUUACGUUAAAAGAUCAUGUUUUAGGUUUUGGCAAUUUGCGUACACUACUCUGGCUAUCGGUUGUCUCCCUACCUCUAAUGGGUGUUAUGUGGGUAUUGGCCGUAUUGGCAGCAUCGGAAAGUUCACAACUCUUGAGUAUGUUACUGUCAGGAGUUGUAGUGUUGCAUGCCAUUUUCUGCCUGGUGGGCUAUUGCAUUAUCAACAAAAGGGUUAGAGAAAAUCUACAGAGAACAUUUUUACGUUGUAUGGGUAGAAAGGUGCCACUGUUGGACUCCUCCAUGGUGGUGAGUAAUAGUUCACAUAAUGUAAAUGGCACCACAAGGCCGAAUAACUUUCUCAAUGCCAAUGGCUAUGAUACACAACGACGAAACGUGGGUAUAAGUGUGUCGAGCACUACAUCAAGGAGUACGGCCAAGACUAGUUCCAGUCCUUAUAGUAUUUCCUCUCCCAGUGAUGGUCAACUAAGGCAGACAUCUACUUCUACCUCCAAUUACAAUUCGAACAGUGAUGCACCUAGUUUCUUAAGAGGUUUUGAUUCUUCUACAACCAGUGGACAGCAUGAACGUAAAUCUAGAAGACAUAGAAAAGAUUCGGAUUCCGGUUCUGAAACAGAUGGUAGGUCAUUGGAAUUGGCUUCUAGCCAUUCUAGUGAUGAUGAUGAGUCUAGAACAAAUCGUUCUUCUACUACAGGCACGGGCACCAGCACUCACCGCAGUACAGCUGUAAGCAUAACACCCUCUUUUCUACCCAAUAUCACUGAACAUGUACAAGCUACCACACCGCCCGAGCUAAAUGUGGUGCAAAGUCCUCAGCUGUUCCCAAGUGUAAAUAAGCCAGUCUAUGCUCCGCGUUGGUCUAGCCAAUUGCCCGAUGCCUAUAUGCAGCCUCCCGCCAAUAUGGGUAGAUGGUCUCAGGAGACCGGUUCCGAUAAUGAGCACAUACAUCAUGGACAAAAAAUGACCAUAUCACCCAAUCCUUUACCCAAUCCCGAUCUCACCGAUACCUCUUACCUGCAACAGCAUCACAAUAAAAUCAAUAUGACUCCUUCGAUAUUGGAAAAUUUACAAAAUGCCCGUCCCACGGACAGUUAUGAUGGCUUGGAAAGGGAAAGUUUAUAUGGACGCAGACCCGAUAAUUAUGUGCAAUAUGAAGGCAUCACAUCGAAUAUUAGCAACUAUAAACCUCCGAGCCACUAUGGCAGUGAGCAUGACUACAAUGGCAGCAAUAAUGGCAAUCAGAGUAAUGGCAGCAAUGGCUCUGGCAAUGUGGCAAAUGGCAAUAAUGGCUCCAAUGGUGGUGGUACUCAGAUAGUCAAUCAUAUGCGCACCUUCCACAAUGACAAUGCCUAUUUGAGUGAUAGUAUUUAUGAUAAACAGCGAACAAUAGGUUCACCCUAUAUGUCCAAAGAUCGUAUAGCACCCGAUAUUUAUGGCUCCAGGGAAAAUCAUUAUAGUCUUAAAAAACAGCCACCCAUUUAUGCGGGAGAUUCAGUGCAUUCCGUACACUCACUGCUGCGCAAUGAUUAUCAACAACAGCAGCGGCACUUGCAGCAGCACAACGAUCAUCAUUCGGAUCGCAUGUCUGAGGGUUCCGAUAAAAAUGGUUAUCAUUUCCCCUAUACAGCCGAAGAGGAUCAUUUGUCUUCGGCUCGCAAACUAAGUUUACAACACAAUCCCUCACCUGCCCUCCAUAGUUCUCAACAAAUACUCAACGGUCAUCAGCCGCAUCAUCAUGGUCAUCAUGCGGGCGGCAUGGUGAAUGAUAUAAAUAAUCCCGGUCUUAUGAAUAGACACACCCUAAAUGGUUCUUCACGUCAUAGUUCGAGAGCCUCAUCACCACCCUCGUCUAGUAUAGUGGCACCAAUGCAGCCGCUAGCGCCUUUGACAAGUAUAACCGAUACAGAGAGGAAUAUUGAUGAUGAUGAAACCACCGUGUGAAAAAUUAAUAAUAAUGUUAUGAAAAUAAAGACAUAAAUCUAUACAACUAUUUAUGUUUUAACACAUAAUGUAUCCUGUAAACAACAAUAAUAUGUAAUAAAAAUGGUAAUAACGGAAUUUUAAUAGACAACCAAGCAACCAACCCAAAACCUAUAAAAAACCACUUUGAACAGAUUUCAAAAAAAAAAAAUCCUAUUAAAAUGUUUUUCCAUCAAACAAAGAAAAAAAAUCUUCUAUUUAAAAAAAAACACGC